GUCUUGUCUGCAAUCGAAUGAAAUCGGAGUUGAAGGGUUUAGGGAGUGAGUAGCGAGAAAGAGAAAGAAAUUUCAAAAAUGUCUUCCUCGAAGAGCGCGAGCGGCGCCAUGACUCUGGAGCGAAUGAGCGUCGAACAGUUGAAGGCAGUUAAGGAACAGGCUGAUAUGGAAGUUAACCUUCUCCAAGACAGCCUCACCAACAUCGGCACCGCCACAACUCGCCUUGAGCUCGCCACAACCGCUCUCAACGAUCUCUCCCUCCGAUCUCACGGCAGUAAAAUCCUCGUUCCUCUCACCGCUUCUCUCUACGUUCCCGCUACUCUUCAGGAUCCUCAUCACGUUCUCGUCGAUAUCGGAACCGGUUACUUCGUCGAGAAAACGAUGCCGGAAGGAAAGGAUUAUUGUGAGCGCAAAAUCAAUUUACUCAAAUCUAACUUCGAUCAACUUGUUGAGGUUGCAUCCAAAAAGAAGAAUGUGGCAGAUGAUGCUGGGGUUAUUUUACAGGCGAAAUUGAAGCAAUUAGCAUCUUCGUCCUAAAAUUAGCUGGUAUAGAAUUCAAUUGCUUUUUUUCUUCCAAUGCCUUGUACCAUAGAAAAUUCUGAAAGUGGUGUUAUUAAUGUUAUAUGUUGUUGAAACUUUUUAAAAGAAUUCCGCUAUCGUUUUGAUGCCUCAAAACUAUUGGAACUGUAUUUAGGAGUUCUAGUCAACCAAUGCCAAUUGAAAUUUAAAGGUUACUGUGGAAA